UGCAUCGUGGGCUUAGCGUCACGCCGAAGUGACCCCUCAGGCCCAGCCCGGUUGGCCCACUUCAGACAAUGUGGGGGGUGUCGUGUUCCGUCCACGAGCCCACGACCUCUCCCCCGUCCAGGCUGCGAGCGAAGCCGAGCCGUUUUCUUCCCCAUCGAUCAAGGCGAUCGGCGGCCAUGGAGGCCAAGAUCGGGAGGCUCGUCGGCGCCAUAGGCGCCUUCUUCUCCGGCGGCGACAACGUCCCGUGGUGCGGCCGCGACAUCAUCGCUGGUGUCGAGAGAGAGGUCGCGGAGGCCGCAACCGAAGAACACAAGAACGUGAGCAUCAUGAGGCUAUCCUGGGCCCUCGUCCACUCGAGGAACACGGACGAUGUCAACCGUGGGAUCGCCAUGCUCCAAGCAUCUUUGGGUGGCUCCAAGAGUCCACUGGAGGCAAGGGAGAAGCUCUACUUGCUGGCUGUUGGGCAUUACAGGAAUGGUGACUAUCCCAGGAGCCGGCAGCUUCUUGAACACUGUUUGGAGAUUCAACCUGGCUGGGGGCAGGCCCUGUCUUUGAAGAAGACAGUUGAAGAUAAAAUUGCUAAAGAUGGUGUGAUUGGCAUAGGUAUAGCCACAACAGCUGUUGGACUGCUGGUUGGGAUAGCUGCUGCUGUUGCUCGGAAGAACUGAGGCAUAGCGGUUCCAGAUUGAUUUAUGGGAAUUGAGAUUUCUGUCGUCAGAUACUCUUUUAUGCUGGUGACAUUUUUGUUCAAGUUCUAGUCUGCAAGAAUUCCCUCUUUAUUGACACAAUUUAAGGUAGUAUGAUACAGUAUGCUCCGAAUGCUUUACAAUCUCACCUCCAUCUCAUAAUUCUCUAUCGGACAAUAUUUUCCACGUGAUCUUUCAGAAUUGAGAUCAAUCAAUCCAAUCCAGUGAUCCAAUUUUAGUUUUUGUCGUU